UUCGCUCACUCAACAGCACGGCCAUAGCGCGUUGUUCUGUUACUUAUUAUUUUUUUGCAAAGAAGAAGAAGAAGCGCAGCAGUGCAGAAGUUUUGUUGACACCAAGCUCUGAGAAAAGAAACCCCUAAAACAGACAGAGAACAGAACGUGUAAAAAAAGAGCAAACGACAAAAACGCAAAACUAGGCGUGACGAAACAAAAGCGUGCAAACCCAAGCUCCUCUAGUGUUUAGUUCAACUAAAAGUUAAUUUCUCGAACGAGAGCAACUGUGAAACUGUGUGUGAAAAAAAAGAACGAAAAACGCAACAACAAAUGAAUAGUCCUCGCACAAACGGCGCCAUCUCAGCGCUUCCCAGCACAUUGGCACAGUUGGCGUUGCGCGACAAGCAGCAGGCAGCGGCUACCUCGAAUGGCGAUUCUCCGGCCGCACCAGCAAGCGCAACCCGGCCCCAAACACAGCCGCCCAGUGUGCCAUCUUCAGUAGCAUCAUCGGCAGCGUCGUCGGCAGCGGUCAGCAAAUUGCAGUUGGCAGACGCGGCAGUUGCGAAUGCGAGCAGCAGCAGCUCCAAUGGUGACUCAAACAAGCUGACACACGACUUGCAGGAGAAGGAGCAGCAGCAAAAGCCCCAGAAGCCACCGUUGCCAGUGCGUCAGAAACCAAUGGAAAUAGCCGGCUAUGUGGGCUUUGCCAAUUUGCCAAAUCAGGUUUAUCGCAAGGCCGUCAAGCGUGGCUUUGAGUUCACACUGAUGGUGGUGGGCGCCAGCGGCCUGGGCAAGUCAACGCUGAUCAACUCCAUGUUCCUCUCAGACAUCUACAAUGCGGAACAGUAUCCGGGCCCAUCGUUGCGCAAAAAGAAGACAGUCGCCGUGGAGGCGACCAAAGUGAUGCUCAAAGAGAAUGGCGUCAAUCUUACGCUCACCGUGGUGGACACGCCCGGCUUUGGGGAUGCGGUGGACAACAGCAACUGCUGGGUGCCCAUACUGGAGUAUGUGGACAGCAAAUACGAGGAGUAUCUAACGGCCGAGUCACGCGUAUACCGCAAGACAAUUUCAGAUAACCGUGUGCACUGUUGUUUGUAUUUUAUAGCGCCAUCGGGUCAUGGUCUGCUGCCAUUGGAUAUUGCCUGCAUGCAGAGUCUGUCGGAUAAGGUGAAUCUGGUGCCGGUUAUUGCCAAGGCCGACACCAUGACGCCGGACGAGGUGCAUCUGUUCAAGAAGCAGAUACUCAACGAAAUUGCUCAGCAUAAGAUUAAGAUUUAUGAUUUCCCUGCGACGCUCGAGGACGAUGCGGAGGAGUCAAAGGCUACGCAAAAUUUGCGCAGUCGUGUGCCAUUCGCCGUUGUGGGCGCCAAUACGAUCAUCGAGCUGGACGGCAAGAAGGUGCGCGGACGUCGUUAUCCUUGGGGUCUCGUCGAGGUUGAGAAUCUGACGCACUGCGAUUUCAUUGCUCUGCGGAAUAUGGUCAUACGCACACAUCUGCAGGAUCUGAAGGAUGUGACGAAUAAUGUGCACUAUGAGAACUACAGAUGCCGCAAGUUGUCCGAGCUGGGACUGGUCGAUGGCAAGGCACGCUUGUCCAACAAGAAUCCGCUGACCCAAAUGGAGGAGGAGAAGCGCGAGCAUGAGCAGAAGAUGAAGAAAAUGGAGGCGGAAAUGGAGCAAGUGUUCGACAUGAAAGUCAAGGAGAAAAUGCAAAAGCUCAAGGACUCCGAACUAGAGAUGGCGCGCAGGCAUGAGGAGCGCAAAAAGGCGCUGGAGCUGCAGAUACACGAGCUGGACGAUAAGCGGCGUGAGUUUGAGCGCGAGAAGAAGGAGUGGGAGGAUGUGAAUCAUGUGACGCUGGAGGAGCUCAAGCGGCGCAGUCUGGGCGCCAACAGCAGCACCGACAAUGUGGAUGCCAAGAAGGAGAAGAAAAAGAAGGGUUUGUUCUAAGUCAAGCUACCACUAGUUUGUCCUCUUCCUGUCCUGCUCCUACUCCUACGCCUACUCCUAUAUUUCUAAACUAACAAGAAACAAAAACAAAUUUUAUAUGCAUAUUCUAUACUAAGGGCUAAGAAAUCUCGAGAACAAAAUUACCAUAACGCGAAUUCUACAUAGCAGUACAUCAUCCUAUAUACUAUAUACUAGAUAUACAAAACAUAAAUGUAUUCCAAGUUUUGGAAUUUGUUUUGGAUGCCAGUUUCGAAAUACUGGAUACAUAAUACGCACGGCUUUCGCACAGCAAACGCGAAUUUGUUUUUUACAUGCAUAUUUAACAGUAAUUAUUAUUGCAGUAUUUUAUCAAAAUAUUUAAUGAAGCGCAUCAAUAUAUAACCGAUAUAUAAAAACAAAAGCAACAGCAACCACAACAAAAACUUGACGUAACAUUUUUGACUAGCCUAAAUGAAUUGAAAACAUAACCGAAAAAUUGUAUUUACAAAAUACUUAAAUAUCGCUUAAUUAAACGAAAAUCUAUAUACUCUAAGAAGAAAAAAACAAAACAAUUAAUAUUGAUUAAGAAAUAUACGUAUUGUAUAAAUGUGUAUUGUAUUUACUUAAUAUGCAUUAAAGUCAUAAUAACAACAACAAAAACAACAACAAAACACAAAGCAUUAAAAAACAACAAACAAACAAACAU